AUUGAUAGUGACUUUUUAGUAGAAAAAGAGGAGGCAGACGACGAAGAUGAAGAAGAAUCGGAAGGAGAAGAUGAAGCAGAUGGAGCAGAUGACGCACAAGAAGAAAGACUUGAAGAAGAGAAAGCAGUAGAGGAGCCAAAAGAUGCCCAAGAUGAAGAAGGACCAGUUGAAGAAGUAGAAGAAAAGGAAGACGAAGAAUAUGAAGAUGAAGAACCAGAACUAGAUGAAGAUGAAGAAGAUGAAGAUGAAAUGGAAGAAGCACAUAUAGCACCAGUAGCAAGAAGAGCACGAAGAGAGCAAGACGAAGAAGAACCAGAAGAAAUACCAUUGGAAGAAAGAGAAGGAGCCGAAAAUGCAGAUGUCGUGAAGAAGUACAUAAUUCGAAAUUGUCUUGGCGUUUGCGCUGAAAUCGAGACUGAAUUCAAUAUAAAUUUCUAUGUAACUGCCAGUGUUAAAUUCACUGUUAAAAAACUCCUUGUUAUCUGGAUAUCCAGAAUCUAUACUGCAGUGGACCCUAACUAA